AUGUCCAAAACAAACAAAGAGACUGUUGGUUCAUGGAGAAAGUUAUGCAUCAUCAACAAACGAUUAGAUGGGAAAAUAGCAAUUGUGACAGGAUGUAACACUGGAAUCGGUUUGUACACAGCUAGUGAAUUAGCUCGUCGUGGUGCAACUGUCAUUAUGGCAUGUAGGAGUAUCGAUCGAGUUUAUCGAGCUAAAACACAUCUAUUGGAAAUGUAUGGUAGUAAUAAUCCGGAAAGUGAAGAAAUUGAUGUUGCGUGUAAUCAAGUGAAGUCUUCGUUAAAGACGAUUGAGCCAGAUCAGUUGAUGAUUGAACAACUUGAUCUAGCUUCGUUACAAUCAAUCAGAGAUUUUGUAGAUCGAAUCAACAGUCAGUACACCAAAAUCGAUUUUCUCAUCAACAAUGCUGGACUGAUACUACAAAAAUAUACAACAACUGGGGAUGGUUUUGAAAUGAUUAUGGGAGUGAAUCAUUUCGGACCGUUUCUUCUGACAGAAUUAUUGAUACCAUUGUUGAAGAAUGCUGCACCAUCACGAAUCAUAAAUGUUUCCUCCAUGGUUCAUGAAGAUGGUCGUAUUGUCAAACCGGAUUUACAAUACACUAAGAAGACUUAUCAGGCAAUUUAUGCUUAUAGAGCUUCGAAAUUGGCAAAUGUAAUACAUGCAAUAGAAUUGAGUGAACGUUUGAAAGGAAGUGGAGUGGUUGCUGUCAGUCUACAUCCUGGAGUUGUGAAAACUGAAGUGAUGAGGGAUCUGACAGAUUUCCCGAUGAGCAUGGUAAUGCGAUUGGCUAGGAAAGCAUUUACUACACCAUGGAAAGGUGCACAAACUACACUAUACACCGUACUCACUGAUAAUUUAAUCCCUGGAGGAUAUUAUUCUAAUUGUACAUUGAAACAACCUUCAAAAUCAGUUCGAAAUGUGGAGGAAAGAAAAUGGUUAUGGAAUAGAACAUGUGAAUUAUUGAACAUACAACGUGAUCACUAA